UAUAGUAUAUAGGUUAGAGCAGACUGAGCAGAGCCCAGAGGUUUCAUUCACAUUUUAAAACAUAUAAAAAUAAUAGGUUUUAGAGAGGCUUACGGUGUGAUUACUUUGAUUAAAAACAAAAAUGAUUGAAAACUCCGGAGCAAUCAAACUUCCAGUGGACGGCGCAUUUUGUGAUGAAUGUGGAUCAUUGCUGCCAGUACUUCUGGCAGAUCAAGUCACAUGUUAUUACUGUAAAAAAGUCUUUCCAAAAUCAGUUUUUUGUGACACUUCUUAUGAAUUUGAAGUACAUUUUAACUCUGAAGUUGAGGAGAAGAGUAGCCAUAAUGUAAUGGAAGAAGACGAAGAAGCAGGCCCAGUGGUAGAUAGAAAGUGCCCUAGAUGCGAAAAUGAAAAAAUGAGCUAUAUGACAUUGCAGUUAAGAUCUGCUGAUGAAGGGCAAACAGUAUUUUAUACUUGCACUAGGUGCAAUUUCAAAGAGUCGGAGAAUUCUUGAACCUUAAUAAAGGCUAUGCUUUUUAGGAUCUCUUUGUUUGAAUGUAAAUAUUAUAAUGUGAAAAAAAGGAUAUCAGAAUAUG